UUCAGGGAGGGGGGGGGCAGUAUCAGGGCAUUCAGGAGUAACAGAUUUCAUAUCCAAGCUUUUGGGUUUUUAUUUAUAGUGCUCAGCAGACAAGUAGAUUCACAAACACACAAAAUAAAGAAACACUAGUCAAUAAUGCAGAAGAGGUUAUCUGUAGGUAUACUGAAAAUCAAACUACUCUUUCCAAAUCCCACUGCCUGCUGCAGUACACACCAAAAUGUAAAGCCCUCACACCCAUACAUGCUUGUGUCACGAGCUGACCAGUCUAGGGUUGGUAGGACUGGUGACAAGAAAUAUGUAAAUAAAGAAAUAGUAUUUAAAUAAAUAAACUUGACCAAUUCCACCUUGUUGUCACGAUAAUCACAAGAAAUGUAUACAAGUAGGAAAGUAUGUUUCUUUUUUUUAUUACUUCAAACCAGCAAUAAAUAGGGGAAGCAUAUAACUUCAGAAGGGGAUCAAGGCCAAAAUAACAAACCAAAGGGGGACUAGCUGGUGGAAGAAGGAGUUAAAUUGCCUAACAAAAGAAAGUCUUCAAACGAAAUACAAAUGCUUUCCCUAACUCCCUAGCUAGCCAAAACCAGGUCACAAAAUAAAAGUCAAUCCCCAACCUACUGUUCCCGUAUUAACUAAGGAUUGGUUUAGAAACUUAAAUGCUUAACACAGAUUGAGUACAAAUAAUGGACAAAUAACUUAAACAGAAUAGGGGUACAGAGGAACGAAACCGAAACUAAACCGUGGUCGCCAGAAAGCGGGGUCUCUGCGACCAAACCCAAGAGGGGAACUACUUGCGCAGCGAUUAUUGCUGCCACAAGUCGACCAGAGGGUAAUUAAAUAAUGUAUACAACACAACACUAUUGUCCUUCAACAACACGCAAUCAAAGGCUGUCGGGGACAGGGGCAGAACGGCACAACGCCUGCGACGGAGCUUCACCACGCGCACACUACAGAAGCUCGCCAACACUGCUCUGCUUCCCAGCUUUUAAAGCUUCCGCUCGUGAUGAAAUUUCCUGCAGCAAUCCCACGCAGCUGGUUCCAAUUAAGCACUGCCCAAAAGGAAAGUGAGAAAGAGAGGGAGAGGGGGAGAGAGACACUGCGCACACGCGAUACAACAUACAACACAGAAAUCAUGCAAAAUUUCUACAUACAAAUAAUACAUACAAAGUCCAAGGACGUAACACUUGCAAAAUCAUACCCAAAACAUAGGUAGUAUAGCAUCCUCCACUCUUCUGAGAAAAAAUGUUUUAUUUGUUCACCCAUACAUUUAAACAAACAAACACUUGCUUGCUGAAAUUAUUAUAGCAAGACAUGUUUAUUAAUUUGGUAUUAUUUUAAGGUUUCUCUGCCCUCAUGCUGGUCGGUUUAUGUGCAAAUUGACCAAACUCAUGUUUGAGAUGGAUAGAAAAGGGGAAGUGCUGUACAGAAUAGUGUCCUGGGACAGCUGUUCCUUGGAUGGAUUAGGACAACAGCAGCCUGCAGGACCACUGUACAGUAUUGCCUGCCAUGAAGGUUCUAUCUGUCAUCUGCAUCUCCCACAUUGUGAGAUCUGUACAGAUGAGGUUAAAUUGACUGCAGCACAUGUGACUGGUGGUAAUGUGGAGCUCAUUCAGCCGCUAAAAGUAACAAACACGCAUGUCAUCAUAAACAAUGAAGGUCUCUCCCUCUUCGGUCUCUUAAGAGCACUGAUAUUCCGAGAAUAUCCCAUCACAGCCCAAGUACUACUGUUCUAUAAAAAAAUAAAUGGAAAGCACAGGAUGAGGAAACUGCAUAUGCACCUUUUGCCAGGGAAUGUACCAGCUAAAGAGGUGUUGAAACAGCGUUUGAGUUUCACAUACAUUGAGACAAGCUCCAAAUGUAAACUGACUCCUGGGAAAAAAUACCGGCCAUGUUGUAAAAAUACUGACCAUGAUUAUGUAAUCCAACCCAAGAUUGAGAAGUUUGAGUGUGACUAUGGCCCUAAUUAUCAUCCUACAUUUGAGAUGCUCUGUAAUAUUGAGGUUGAUAAAGUCACUUUAGGUCUCUUGGAUGAAAAUGACCAGGAAGUCUGGGAGCGUUUGGUCUUUCUUACAGGUACAGAUGCUGCCUUACCCAAAUCAGAUACAACGGAUGCUGACUUUAUGGAUCAAUACAGAGAAAAGCUCAUUCAGACAGUUUCUGCAGUAAUGGAGAUAGCAGACUGUCUAAAAAGCAAGAAGAUGAUUAGUGAUGAAAAGUACAAUAGACUUCAUGCAGAAUCAACAUCACGUGAUCAAAUGAGGCUUCUGUACAGUUCUCUUGAUGCAGGAGGAAGAGUUGUGAAAGCAGAAGCCUAUCAAGUCCUAAAGGAAACAGAGCCUUACUUAGUGGAGGAUUUGAGUAAGGAUUGAUCCUCGGUUUUUGCCCUGCACACAACAACACAUUUAAUUUUACUUACUGUAUUUGAUAUAUUUUUAUGAUUAGGGUUUUUUUUGUAAUGAACAGUCUUUCAUAACUUUUUUUAAGAGUAUAUCUUGUAUGUAGAAUAGCAUCAAAAAUGCCUUUAUUCUAGUAUUUUGUGCUCCAGUGGUUUGAUGUUAUGAUGUUCAUAUGGACAUAUCUUUUACAUUACAUGAUUUAGUAGCAUUAUCCGAAUCUCUACACAGAGAAAAGUUCAUUGAAUUUAUUUAGUUUAAAUAAAGCAUCAGUUCCACACAAAUUUGAUGUUAUACAUAAUAAAUUAAUCUUUUACAAUUUAAUUUAAUUUAACUUGUUUUACUCCACAUGAAAUUGAUAUGCAUUAACACACUUUUAAAUGCAGUUUGCUUCAUUUGUUUAUGUACUAACAUGAUUUGAUUAUGUAUAUGUAAACCUUUUUCAUUAAUGUUUUUUGUUGUUGUUUUUUCGUUUUUUUUUACUUUAAUUUUGUUGGUACUUUGUUGUAUCACAUAAAUGUGGACAAGGGUCUGACAUGAUUGAUCUUAGAUUUAUUAUUUAAAUUACAGUUUUAAAAGGGCUUUGUAGCCUUAUAUCAAUUAUAACUUGAAAUGCUCACUUGUUUUGUGCCUCUGUGACCAAAGACAGAUGAUGUCAAAAUUCUAACAGUGUAAGGAAUUUUUUUAAAUUGAAAUCACAGAAUGACAGGACAGCUACACAAAGGAAAGGAAAGCCAUUGCUAUAUGUACCAUUAAAUACUCUUUACAAGUUUUUUUUAAAUAAAACUUCAGUCAGUAUGUG